AUGUCGCGAGACGGGCGAUCCAGAGGCUUCGGGUUCGUCACCUUCGACUCAGAAGUAGCGGCAGCACAUGCCCUGGCAGAGCCGCAAUGGCUUGAUGGGCGCCUUGUUGAUGUGAAGCAGGCAGUCCCUGGCGAUCGCCCGCAGGAGCGGACCUCCAACAAGAUCUUCAUUGGCGGUUUGCCGCAGGAUGUGACGACAGACAAUCUCAGAUCCUACUUCUCAGCCUAUGGGCUGGUAGCUGAUGCAGUCGUGAUGGUGGACCGCCGCACCCGGCGCUCCCGGGGCUUCGGCUUCGUGCGCUUCGCCAACGGGCGCCAGGGCGCGGCCGCGGCAGAGGCGGUGCUACGAGACUUCCAGCACCACUGGUUUGACGGUCGCUCCCCAAGAUCCUGA